CACACUCAUAUGCUGAAAACAGAUUCUUGCAGCUUGAGACUCUUAAGAACUUGGCAGGUCAAAGUAUAGGAUCUCAGAGAGUGCCAGUGAGCAAGAUCUACUGUUUGGAUUUUUUUGUUAUGAGGAGGGACUAAUUGGCAGGAGUGCAUGCGUGUGUGUGUGUGUGUGUGUGUGUGUGUGUGUGUGUGUACACUCAGCUUGGAAUAGCAUCUUCUCAUUUGCCUUGAAUGGAAUAGCUAGUCAACUCUUCUGACUACUCAGUUCUGGUUUAGUCAUGAGAUUAUAAACUCAGUUCUUUUGAAAGCUGAACCAACAUCAUCACGCUCGGUCCACUGUCUCGGGGAGCAGCACGAAGGGGAAGCUACGAUGGCAACCUUUACAUAAAGAACCCGCUCAGAGCCCUGGCUCAGCGUCGAUGUUCUGCACCUUCCCCUGGAUUGGGCAAGACCUUAUGUAAUCCAUGGUCAUCAACCAGAGGCAGCCUGGCCCGGGCCGUAUCUGUGAUGCAAUGUCCCUUUGUUCUGGGCCUGUCCCAGGACAAUGCAAAACCAAUCCUCCAUGAUCCAGUGCUGCUAACUAGGGGCACGAAGACCAAGGAGAGGCACCUUUUUCUUUUCAAACAUGGACUGGUCAUUGCCAAGUUAAAAUCUGGCAUGAGCUUUAACUUGAAGCACAGGCUGCUUCUUCAUGAACUCUGGGUGAUAUCCUGUGAAAAAGAGGAAGAAGAAAAGCAAAAAGAAGGGAAUGGAGACUCUGAGUUCAGACCUAAACCAGGAACUUCUCUCAUCUUCAUCUGGCCCACUGGCAACUGCAUUGCUGGGUUUUGUUCAGCAGAGGUGAAAGAACUCUGGCUGAAGACCCUCCAAGGGCAGAGCCAAGAGACCUCCAGAGGAGCGAAGUUCAUCACAGAUCAAUCAACUCAAGCUCUGAUGAAGGUGUUAAGUGGCUGCAAUGCUUCCAAAACACUAAAUGCCAGUGACAUGGAAACUUUAAUUGAAUGUCAGCCAGAGGGCAAUGUGAAGCAACACCACUUGCUGGCACAAUGUGAUAGUGAAGAUGGGAUUUGCCACCUGAUUGAAAACAAGAAGAGAAAGGUGAUAGCCUGGCCUUUUCCCAUGAGAAGAACAGCUUCUUCUUCAGAUUCUUCUGGAUCUUUAACACCAGAAUGGAAGGCUUCCCUGUUUGACCAGCCCUUGUCAGCAAUCUGCACUGAUGAAGAUAUCCUUCCCCAACCAAUUCAGGAAAUUCUUAAUAUUCUUCAAAACAAAGGCCCUUCAACUGAAGGAAUAUUCAGAAAGGCUGCCAAUGAAAAGGCCCGGAAAGAACUUAAGGAAGAGCUCAACUCUGGGGGAAUGGUCAAUUUGGAAACCAAAUCUGUUCACCUACUGGCUGCAGUUUUAAAGGAUUUCCUCAGGAGUAUCCCACUCAAACUACUUUCAUCAGAUCUAUUUGAAGAAUGGAUGACAGCCUUAGAAAAGCCAAAUGAGGAUGACAAAAUUGAGAGCUUGAAACAGGUUGUAAAGAAACUACCAAGGACAAAUAUCCUGUUGCUCAAACAUUUGGUCUAUGUGCUUUACAACAUCAGUAAGAAUUCGGAUGUCAGCAAGAUGGACUCAAGCAAUCUUGCCAUUUGUAUUGGACCCAACAUGCUGUCCCUCAACACUGACCAAAGCCUAUCUUUUGAUGCUCAGAAGGAGUUGAACAACAAGAUUAAAACUUUGGUGGAAUUUUUCAUUGAUAACUGCUUUGAAAUAUUUGAAGAGGACAUCCCUGGACAUUCCCCCAAGUUCAAUUCUGAUGAUUCACUGGAACACAUCAACAAUUCAGAUAUGUCAACUCUGCAAAAUGACUCAGCCUAUGAGAGUACAGAUGCUGACACAGAAUGCAGCAACAGUUUUGGCUCUCAAAACAAGCCGUCCCUAGACACUGCAGGACUGUCCAGUGACUUGGACAACAGAAAGCAUCUGUAUGAGUCAAGACCAGGGUCUGUUGUCUCUUACACCAACUUACUAAAAAGCUCCCUUAGCACUCAAGAAAGGAGGUACUCAGAGCCUAGCACACCAUCCACGAAAGACUGCCUUGAAAGCAGGAUCACCAGCCACAAAUUGACUAAAAGUGAGGACAGCUUCGCUGUCCCCCAGGCAAGUUCCUGUUUUGGGGGUCAAGAAAUAAAAGAAUCAUUUCCAGAGGAAUGUUUCCCUAGUCUACAACACAGGAAACAAAAGUCAUUAGGUCUUCAAAUAAAGGAAGGAACUUUAUGCACAGAAUCACUUGUUGAGCCUUCCCCUAAAACCUCCUCCUGUGGUUCCCUGGAUAGUUCCUCUGAUAGCUCAGUCUUUGCCAACUCGCCAGUGGUUUCUCCUUCCAGUCCAAAAAGGAACUUUUUCACCAGGCAUCAAUCCUUUACAACAAAGACUGCUGGGGCGGACAGUAAGCUGACCCGAGAGAGAAAAAAGCACUCCAUGUCAUUCUCUUUUGCUACUCAUAAGAAGGUGCCAAACAAAACUGCAAAUUGGCGCUUUCCCAGAGACCAGGGCAAGAAAGACCUCAAAAAGGAGAGCCAACUCACUGGCAGGAUUGUCCAAGAAGUCUGUGUUGGAGCUAUAGAUGACUACCAACCAACUCCAGAAUGUGGGAGUUCAAGGUCACAUCUUCUUUCAGUUGAAGAAGUAUUUCAACUUGUAGAUCAGAAAAACCCUGGAAGCCCCCCAUCCUAUGAGGAGGCAGUUCAAUAUUGCCGGCUUUCCAAAAUUCCUCCUUAUGAGAGCCGGACAGUCCAAAGUAUGAGAGACACUAUGCAAAGCCAGAAUUCUAGACUGCCAUCUCUUUCACUUUUGGACUAUGGUGAGCAUGCCAAGAAUACACACGGCAAAGAAACACUCAACAGAGACAGUGCAUCAUCUGUGGGUGAAACUUGGGUACAGAAUGGAGCUUCCAAUGUGGCUAUGGAAAGGAAAGGACAAAUACCAAAAUCUGAGGUUCGCCGGUUAAGGGUCUUGUCCAAAUCCUUGCUAAAGAAUAAACAGGACUGUGUCAUUGGAAGGUGUAGUCAGCCAAUCUUUGAGGUUGACCAAAUCCAAUAUGCCAAGGAAUCCUAUGUUUAGGGAGCCAGGAUAUACACCCUAAAAAGUCCUCAGUGACUUCUGUAAAUAUAUGGGUCCCUCAAAAGAACUGCUUCCCAAAACCUUCUUACAUGAAGGGAAAGAAUAAGCUCCUUCUGGAUGUCCACAUAUGGUCUUCCUCAACGAGAAUGUUUACCUCUCCCCCUCACCAUUGUCAUUUGUGUCUGUAUGAACCUGAGCAUGUGCAAUAUGUAAUAAAUGUAUAAACAUCCUGUCCAUAAAGUAAUACACUGAAGGAAGAGCUAUGUAUUGAGUGUUUGUAUUGCAUGUAUAUAUAUUAUGUCUAAUGAGGCACUGGACUUUCCUUUUGGUUAGGGUAUUUGAAAAAAGAUGCUGGCCUUUCCUUUAUGCAUGCCUCAGAGGAAAUACAAAUCUUCAUAUUUUCCUAACCAUUUCAUCUAAGGAAAAAAAUAAUCUCCCCUGUCAGAAGUUCAGCCCAAAUGAAUAGUUUUAUAGUAACUAAUCACUUGGGAAGAAAGAGAGGGCAAGUUUGCAAAGAAGAGGAGUUCAAUGCCAUUAAAAACACCAAAGAGAAGAAAAAUAAUUUUUAAAAAUCUAUGAAAAAUGGUUUAAAAGUGUCCUCUUAACUGUCUCAUUAAUCUUGGGAAAACUGAUGGAAAUAUGUUAUUAUUGCUAUUGGCUCCCUGAUAGCACUUUCAAGUUUCUCUUUAGUACCAUGUUGUUGUCUACUGUUAGAUGUCAAAAUUUUGAAAUUUUAAAAUAUUUGUUGAGGAUUGUUUGAACUCUCAAUGAAAUAUCACUACAAUAAAUCACCUUCAUUUGAAAGAACCAAUGCUUAUUUAUUCUUUAGUGGCAAGACUGUUCUUUCCCAUGGCCAAUGGAGACACAAAUGGGGAGAAAUACUGAAAAAAAAGAAAUACUCUGAACCUUAUCUCCAGACAGUCACUCUGAGGCCAUAACCUCAGCAUGAGAAAAGAAUACAAUAUGGCAAAUAUAUUUUGUAUUUGUUUAGUGUUUUAAACCAUUUCAAUAAGUUUUCCCAUAAACUGUCUCAUUAUUGUAUGGAACUACCAGUCUGACAUACCUAUUAUAAUUAUUAUGACUGAAUAAUAACAUAAUAUCUCCCAUUCAUCUAGAAUUUUGUUUUGCAAAGCAUGUCCCACUCUUUAUCUCAUUUGAUUCUCCCAACAAUCCUGUGAAAGAGUGCAACAGAUAAUAAAAUGGAAAUCUUAGCAGGUUAAGUAUAGGAUCACCAAGCUAGUAAGUAUCUGAGAUGAGAUUUGAACCCAAAUGUUCCUAACUCUAAGUCAGUUCAACCCUGAAUCCAUUAAGCCAUGCAACCUCAUUGUGAAUACAACACAUACCCAUUGCACAGAUCAAAAAUUCCCCCAUGCCUUAGUGAUGGUUUCAUAAAUUGCUGUGGCCAUAACAAUUUCACCACUUGGAGGUCAACCUUCUAGGGCUGAAUUUGUCUAAACUUGGCUCCUCUGGUUUUAAUGACAGACAUACAGAAUACCACACAGUCCAUACUCAGAGCCUUAGUAGAUUGGUACUAAUAAUCCUGGCAGGAUGGCAAGGUAGUACAAUGGAUAGGGAGCCAGGCUUGGAGUCAGGGAGACUUGAAUUCAAAUGUGGUCUCAGACACUAACUGUGGGACUCUGGGUAAGUCAUUUGACCCUGUUUGCCUCAGUUUGCUCAUCUGUAAAAUAAGCUGGAGAAGGAAAUUACAAACCAUUUCAAUAUCUUUGCCAAGAAAAUCCCAAAUGGGGUCACGAAGAGUCAGACAUAAUUAAAAGGAUAGAAAACAAAUAAUAACAAUGGCAUUUAUAUAAUAGCCUGUUAAGACUCACCUCAAGGUUCAUUAAUUGACAUAUAAUACCCAAAGGACUUAUUUUCACUUAUUUGAACCAGGACUGAAGGAACCAACUUCAAUCCAUUUGCUCUUGAAAAGCUUUUGUUAAAUUUUCAGUGUGAGUUUUUACAUCUUGGAAGUAGCCAGCUACAAAUCCAAUCUUGAUUUAUUGUUUUAUUAACUGUAUAGACUUUAAAAAGUGACAGAGAUAAUGUUAAUAAUGCAGGUUAAACUUAAAAAGUGUAUCUUGUGUAAUUUUUAUUUCGGAGAGGUCAUGAUUAAAUAUUUACCAAAACACCA